UGUAGACAAUAGUCACACAGUGUCGACAAAAAAGACAAUACUUUACUUUCAUAUCAUGAACAUCGUGUAGAUUCAGUUACAAAAAAAAAAAAAAAACAUCGUGUAGACACUUCUCAAUAGAACGGAAGAGUAGAAAGGAAACAUAGGCAUAUCCUGAACAUGGCUAGGACACAAAAGUUUCAAGCGCAUUUACCAAUUAAAUUGUGGGAUGAAUGUAUUUUCAGUGUUAUCUAUCUUAUUAAUAGUGUAACUUCAAAAUCGAAAAUAUAUAAAUUUUAUUUACUCAUAGUUAGUAAAAGAAAAUAUCCAAAUAUAUCGGCCUAACAUAUAGAUGAUUAUAUAAACAAUAAAAAAUUGUAUACAUAUAAAAACAAUUCGAUCAUAUAUAAAUAUUAGAUUUGUCAAUAUAACAUGUUUUGAUUAGAUAACAACUACUUAUUUCGGAUUAUUUAUGAGGUCGCUUAAAUGUUCGUUUUAAUUUCAACUGAGCCAAAGGAAGAUUAGUCGUAAGUUGUCGAUAUUAUUAUCGUUAGAAGACAAUAAAAAUCUUAAAAUUGGAACCAAAUUUUCAUGAUACACAAUUUUAGAAUCAAGCUCUUUUGGUAAGUUUAAAUUAAUUGUUUUUAUACCAGACUGUUUGAAUAAAUAAGAAAUUUUUCUAUCAAGUUAAUGCUUCUACCGAAUUUUUAAGUUUGGUGCAAAAUUUUGAAGAAGUUCUAUAAGGUAAGUUUAAUUUAAGAUUAUUAUAUACUUUGUCACCAAGUUUAUAAUUUUGGUAGUUAUUGAAAAUUUAUAUAAAUAUUGGUUCAAUGUAUCACGCUAAAACACAGUUUCUAGAUAAUUAAUGUUAAUUAUUUUAACUUUCCAUACAAUCCGAAUACCUACCUACCUAUAUUUAUAUAUUAUACACAGUUGAGUUUUCCCUUAGAAAUACCUUCAAAUUUUUUAACAACUCUUAAUUUAUGAUUAUACGAGUAUCAAUGAUAUCACAUUUUAAUUGUUUGAUUUGGACUUCUAUACUUUUUAAUGUGUACCAAAUAAUUAUAGUUAGUUAAUUAUUCUAUAUUUAGAAAAACAUAAAUACCAAAUAUAUUUUUACCACAAAACACACAUAUAUUCAGAAAUCAUCAGAUUUUGACCACAAAAACACAUGUAUUAAUAAAUAUUUUACACUUGCGCAUGUCUUAUCCGAGUAUAUAUUUAAAGAAAAAUAUUUCAAUAUUUUAGCUAUGACACGUGUCAUCACUAGAAUGUUUUUCAAAGUCUCUAGGAAAAUAUAUUGGUCCAUUAAAUAUAAAUUAUAGUUUUCAUUAAACUAAUUAUAAAAUUAAUUAAUAAUAAACAAUUAAUAUUUUUUUAUUUCCUUGAAUAUAAGCUACGAAAUUUCCUAAUAUGAUUAUGGUAUAUAUAUAUGAUAAUUAAUGAUUUUAAUAAUAAAUAUUUAAUAACAAUUUGUGUAUCUUCCAUCAUUUAUAUCUAAAAAUUAUAUAUUUGUCUAAACACUCAAAUGAUUUUUUAACUAAAGAAACAUUUGAGUGUUUAGACAAAAAAAAAUUAUAUUAAUAAUGGCAUUUUUAUAAUAAUUUAAAUUCAUUAAUGUUAUCAUUGUAAUUAACUAAUUUAAGAAUCAACGUGAGAACGAGACAUUAGAAAUUUUUUGAUUAUAUACCUAAAAUUAAUUAUGUAUAUAUAAUUUGAUUAUUUCAGUUUGUUCAACCAUUUAUACUAAAUUUAAAAGAAAAUUAUCUCAAAUAGCAUUUUUAUGUUUUUGUCACAAAAUAGCCAUAAAAAAAUGACCAAAAUAGCUUCUUUUAUUUUGAAAAUUUUAAUUUUAAUUUUUUUUUUUUAAUAUUUGAAGCCAUGUCCUCAAAGCCACACUCCUUAACUCUAAACUUUAAGUCUAUAUAAGUUAACCAUAUUUUAGAAACGUAUUUUUAUCUUUUAAUAAAAUUUAUUUUAGUCAUUUUUUCCCUAAGAGCUAGAGAUGUCAAACAGGUUUAUCCGGACAUGGAACGGCCAUCAUCGGAUCUCCAUUAGUGGCUCGACGAAUAAGAGAAGCAACAGUGGUGGACUGUCUCGAGAAUCGCUCCAAAAUCGACAUUGUUUCACCAUUUCGUAGGUGAGUUUUGGUCCAUUCCCGCAAGUAACCAUCCCGCAAGGCCCGCAAAUUUGCGGUCCUAAGAAAUAUUAACCCAAACCUGCUCUGCACUGGGUUUUUACGGGCCAGGCCCGCAGACUGAGGACCCAAUUGCCAUCUCUACUAAGAACUAUUUUUGUGACACGAACUUAAAAAGGGUUACCAUAAGAAAUUUCUCAAAUUGAAACCGUAUCAAAAUUAUAAAAAUAAUUAUCCUGACCAAAUUAAAUAUUUUGCAAAACUAAAAAUAUUGUGGAAAAAGAUGUGGAAUUAAUUAAAAGUUAACCUUUAAAAUGAGUUAGAAACUUACGAAGAUCUAGCGUACAUAAAAAAAAAAUUGUGAAGAGUUAAAACUUCCACUUAAACAUUUCAUAAAAAAAUGACGGUAUAUGGAUCAUGCGGAGUAUAUAAGGAUCGAUCUCGUAUAAAGCUUGAACAAAAAAAAAUUAUGUUUAAAAAAAAUGGAGAGAACCACUUUCCAUCCAUGUUUGGAACUACAUUAGGCGCUAGUCGAGCGGCAACCCCAAACCUAGCGAAUUAUCAAAAAAUCGAAGAAUAUUCGGAGAUUAUACAGAACCUAGUUUUAAAUAUAAUUUAAUAUAUUUAUAAUAUAUUUAGUUAAUUUUAAAUAUGAUAACACAUGUUUUUAAACUUAAUUAUAUAAUGUUUUUAUAUAUAAUUUUAAACAGACAUUUUUUUAUUUGUCGAACAUCUAGAUUAUGGUGUGUUUGGUACAAAGCAAUUCAUAUUGCUACUAAUCUAGUUUUCCAUAAACAUACUAAACAUGUCUGAAAAUAACUGUCAUACUACUAGAGAUGCAGGAAAGGCCAAAUUUCUCACAUUGAAGCAUCUGUGUACUAAAGAACAACCGGCUGAUCUUCUCACUAAAGCUCUUUCUACACCAACUUUUCAGUAUUUGCUGUUCAAGUUAGGCAUUCAAGAUAUCUCAUUGCCAACUUGAGGGGGAGUAAAUGGAUAAACAUGAUAAUAUGAUUUCCCUAUUGUUAUGGGAAUAGAUAACCUUUACCUAGCUAGCAUAGGAUCUUCUUAAGUUGUAUAUAUACUCAGCCUAUUGUAUCAAUAAACACACGCUUUCAUAAUAUAUUUCAUAAAAGCCUCUAUUACCUGCAUAAUUUUAAGGGAAAAUUGGAAAAAUGGGACACUUUGAACUUUUGUUUGUCACAAUAAAACUUCUCAUACUUUUGGUAAUUUUGGACAUGUUUUACCCUUCUUUAAUGAGAAAACUAGUAAAUUAAAUUUUAAAAAUGUAAAAAAAUAUGAAAAGUGUUGAAAACAUAAGUAUGACAAUAUAUAUGUUUAAAUUUUUUUUAAAAAAAAUUAGAAUCAUAUUUUAUUUUAUCUUCUAGGUACAGUUAGAAAACUCAUUUUGGUAAUCUAGCUAGUUUAUAUGUCUGAUUCUAAGUUUUAAACAUAGAUAUAUCUAGGGUAUAUACUGUAAACUAACAUUUCUUGUAUAAUCUAGCACAAAUAGAAUUGAUUACGUUAUAAUCAAGAAAGAUGUCUUCGGUCUACCUACAGUUUGAUAACGAUGUAUAGCCACAACUCAAUGAUAUAGGUCGGUUAUAUUACGUGACAUAACUUAUUCUGUCUUUUACCUUAUAUGACGCCUUAAAGAAGAAUAUGUUUCUCGCCUACUAUAUUUUGUUCUGCGUAGGUAGUAUACAAAUUCUAGGUAAAUCCGGAAAAUAUGAAAACUUCCAUAUUCAGUUGAAGAUGUUUCCUGAAUCUAAACUAAAUAUAUCAUAAAUCUCUCAAAGAAUAUUUUAUUUAAUAUCUUUAAUAAAUUUAGUCUAAACCAAAAAUAUGGAAGUUCUAUUUUUUUUUUUAAAAUCUUUACUAAAUACCGAUUAAUCGGGGAUUAAUUUUAAACACCGUGUUUUAAUUUUCAGAAAAUUGUUUAUAUUACAUUGUGAUUUGUAUAGAGAACAUCCUUUAUUGAAGCGGCCUAGUGGGAAUUGGGUAGGUUUAUGUUGCCCGGUUGUCAGGUUCGAUCUCCAAGAAGCGUAUUUUGCUCUUUUUAGUGUUUAUUUUCAUUAAUGGCAUAACCGUAAAUAAGUCAUCAUCUUCCUCGACAGUUUUUAGGGUUACAGAGAUAUUUUUACAGAGCCGCCAUGCUUUCUUUGAUUGAUUUCGUCCAUUAUUUUUGCAUUUUUUUGCUGGGUAUGGUUUAAAUUUGUAGAUUUAGCAUGUAUCUUCCAAUUUCAAGCUUUCAAAACUUAAAAACGUGAAUAAUUUUGGUGACUCCGAUUUAAUGGCCGCCUUUAACAAAGGAUCUAAUCAAGAACAAAAGAAAAUCACCCAUCAAAUCAAUUACGAAAUAAAAUCGAAGAUGCUAUAAACCAUCUACACAUGACACAAUGCGAAAUCAAAGAGGCUAAGAAGGAUAUCAAGUAAAGAUGGAGACAAUAAUCUGAGAAGAUAAAAAAGAAGAUGAGAACAGAAACCUCAUAAAGGUAUUUGUGAAAAAAAUGUAUGUGUCUUGAAUUGUGGAAGAAGAAAGAAUGAAACAGACACAAUUACGUAACUGAUAAUGCUUUUGAUUUUUCUUUUCAUCUCUAAUGUAAAAACAAUUAUAAAUAAAUCUAAUUAAUAAACAUUCUAUAUUUUAAUUAAAUUAAAAUUUCAAUAAUCUAAGGGUAUAAUCGUAUUAACAUUAAUUAAAAUUUUAAUAGGACAAAAAACUUAGACAAAAUCUUAUGAUGACAAAUCAAAGUUCAAAGUGUCCUAUAUUUCCAAUUUUCCCUAAUUUUAAGGACCACUGGUUUUCCCUGCAAAUGGAUUUGAACAGAAAGGUCUCAAGACAGAUAGAUCAUCACCAAAUGAAUAAACUUAGGUCCCAAGAACGUCUUACCUUGAUGUUUUCUUCAGUUAGUUCAGCGGCGUCACUAGGAGGAAAAUCAUUGACAUUGUUUGAGAAAAAAACUUUCACGGUUUUAGGACUUGAAAAGUUCCUAUAAUCAAGCAAAAGUUUAAUCACAACGACAAAGUUAACAACAACAAGGCAGGACUAAAAUCAAUCACAGUAACCUAAUAUUCUUCAUUCAAUAUUUACAAAUCAUAUACCUUCUUCCUCUUCAGGGCCUUUGAUAGCAAAGGAAUGUAGUUUGAUAACUUGGUUGAAAGGAAUAUAGAUUAGGAGUUGCUCAUCAGCAUCGCCCUCUAAGUUAAACCUAAACAAGUAAAUCAAUCAAUCUCAGCUCACUCACCAAACGAUCAAGAAUCAAACAAUUCGAAAACUAUAGAUAAAAAUAACAAAACUGGUAUAGAGACAGAGAACUAGUUAAACUACCUGCCUGCUUGAGAGCGUUGGGUAAAGAGUGUAGUUGAGCUUUGGUUAAGGCAUCGAACACCAGACCAGUCAAAUGAAAUCUAACAGAUCAACCUGACACAACCAAUCAAAACAAAUUCAUAGAUCAAUUACAUCAGAAGAACCUAAGAUUCGAAAAUCUCAAUAGACAGAACCCUAAAUAUUCUACCCAUACAAAAAGAAAAUUGACAAUUAUUUCACCUGUCCCUUAGGAAAUUGGCUGGCAGAUUAUCAAGGCUCCCUCUAACUUCACUCACAGAAAUGUCGGAAAGACACUUGUUUCCAGAACUCAGGAUUCGUAGCAAGAUGAGGGAGAUCAUGAUCAAGGAAGCUUCGUCUUGUGACCUCAAGGAGCUUGUUGCCAAGUUUAUUCCCGAAUCUAUUGGCAAGGAUAUUGAGAAAGCCAAUUCAGGGCAUCUACCCUCUUCAGAAUGUUUUCAUCCGUUAAGUCAAGAUCCCAAGUUCGACCUUGGAAAAAAGCUUAAGGAGGCUCUUCACGGAGACUACACAGCAGUGGAUGUUGGUGUGAAGGUUGACAGGCCGGCCGUCGAGGAACCUACUGAGAUUAUUGGAGCCUAAGAUAUAUAUGUUUUUGAAGAAAUGUGAUGAGACAUUAUUUUUUCAUCUAAAACUUUUACCAUCCUUAAUGUUCUUUUCCCACUCGUUUGCUUCCUCGGCUUCUUUUUUUUUUUUAAUCAUAAACUUGGGAGUUUUGGACAAUUGAGUGUUAGAUAACUGCUAAUAUAAAAAUUUGUCCCAAACUUGACGCAUCAUCAUCAGUCAAUAAUGGUCAUGUCAUUUUAAUACCAUAUAAUAUAUUCGACUCGUAUGUACAAUGUUGUUUUCAAUAGUAUUACAAGUUUACAACAUAUCCUAUUGCAAAUAUCAAAACUUAGUAAAUAACAGGUAAACCAGGAAAUUUGUUCAAACCGGAAGCUGAUGCUAUGGUAUUUGUCAUGGCAUUAUUAUAACAGAACUAGACAGAGAGGCAAACAAGUACGAAGGGUUCGACGUUUAUGAGAGUCAAAUUUACAAAGGCC